GUCAGCGACGAACCCAGGGGCCUCGGACCCGGCUUUCCGGAGCGGGCUGCGAGAAGCGCGUCGCUGCUCGGAUGACGCAAAUUUCCGCCGACCGCAAGGGGUCGGGAGACGGAAAGCGUGGGAGAAGACCAGCGCUGACCGUGGAUCUGGGGACGCGCACGGAAAUGGAAACUGAAAACCAAAAAACUAUGGAAGGAAGCACUGAGAAGAGAAAAGAAGAAAAAAAGAAGCGAUCCCGGGUUAAGCAGGUGCUUGCAGAUAUUGCCAAGCAGGUGGACUUCUGGUUUGGAGAUGCAAACCUUCACAAGGACAGGUUUCUGCGAGAGCAAAUUGAAAAAUCUAGAGAUGGAUAUGUGGACAUUUCUCUCCUGGUAUCUUUUAACAAAAUGAAGAAGCUGACAACUGAUGGGAAGCUAAUAGCCAGAGCACUGAAAAGCUCAUCUGUUGUAGAGUUGGACUUAGAGGGCACCAGAAUCAGGAGGAAAAAACCCCUAGGUGAGAGACCAAAGGACGAGGAAGAACGCACAGUAUAUGUGGAGUUGCUCCCCAAAAAUGUUACUCAUAGCUGGAUUGAGAGAGUAUUUGGGAAAUGCGGCAAUGUGGUUUACAUAAGUAUUCCACAUUACAAGUCUACUGGGGAUCCUAAGGGAUUUGCCUUUGUGGAGUUUGAAACAAAAGAGCAAGCAGCAAAAGCCAUCGAGUUUCUGAACAACCCACCAGAAGAAGCUCCUAGAAAGCCUGGUAUAUUCCCCAAGACAGUGAAAAACAAGCCCGUCCCUUCCUUACGAGUCGCUGAAGAGAAGAAAAAGAAGAAAAAGAAGAAAGGCAGGAUAAAGAAGGAAGAGAGUGUGCAGACCAAAGAGUCAGGUGUGGACAGCAGCAGCUCGGGCGUGUGUAAAGCCAAGAGACCAAGGACUGCCUCUGAGGGCUCUGAAGCAGAAACCCCAGAAGCUCCAAAGCAACCUGCAAAGAAGAAGAAAAGGCGGGACAAGGUGGAAGCAUCGAACUUACCUGAGGCCAGGGCGGGGAAGAGGGAGAGGAGCAGCGCUGAGGACGAAGACUGCCUCCCCCCACGGCCAAAAGCAAAGAAAAGGGCUCAGAAGGAUGGCGUCGGCCAAGCCGCUUCUGAGGUCUCCAAGGAAAGCAGAGACUUAGAAUUCUGCUCUACUGAGGAGGAGAAGGAGACGGGAGACAGAAAAGGUGACUCACUCUCAAAGGUGAAGAGGAAGCACAAGAAAAAACAUAAGGAGAGACAUAAGAUGGGCGAGGAGGUGAUACCAUUGAGAGUGCUGUCCAAGACUGAAUGGAUGGAUUUGAAGAAAGAGUAUUUGGCACUGCAAAAAGCUAGCAUGGCUUCUCUAAAAAAAACAAUAUCUCAAAUAAAAUUGGAAUCAGAAAUGGAAACAGACUGUAAAGCGCCUACAGCAGGCAGUGGUCAAGAGUGCUCCCCCCAGGAGAAGGUCAGUGCACAAGGCCCACAGUUUGUGACGGGAGUGAUUGUGAAGAUUGUGAGCGGAGAGCCUCUAUCUGGCAGGAAACAAGUCAAGGAUAUUUUGGCCACAAUCUCAGAAGUUGUUUACAUUGAUUUGCUAGAAGGAGAUACUGAAUGCCAUGCCCGAUUCAAAACCCCUGAGGAUGCUCAGGCAGUAAUGAAUGCACAGACUGAAAUUAGAAAGAAGCACUGUUGGAACCUCGAGGUCCUUUCUGGUGAUCACGAGCAGAGGUACUGGCAGAAGAUUUUAGUAGAUAGACAGGCCAAACUUAAUCAACCUCGGGAAAAGAAAAGAGGCACAGAAAAGCUAAUCACCAAAGCUGAGAAGAUUAGACUGGCUAAGACUCAGCAAGCCAGUCAGCACAUUCGAUUCUCUGAGUAUGACUGAGAAGACUGUACGGCCUCUGCACUUCCCUUGCUGAAGUGUUCUUGGUGCUGGGCUGUCUGAUGGAUGUUGUACUGAGAUCUGCAUUGGAAAAGAAAAGGAAAAUACCUUGGCUCCUCAAUGUGUCAAUAAGACUUUUAUAAUAACAAGUGCAUUGUGUGUCAGAUUUUUUCAAUGAAUGCCCUUACUUGUUGAAAUUAUGCAAAUCAACUUCAGAUGAUUUCAUAAAUAAAUGUGUUUUGAGCAUAA